ACAAACAAAGAUUAUGUUCGUGAGGCUAGCAGUAGAUAUUAACUGUACAUCCCCACAGGCCUAGCCUACUUGCUAAGAUAGCUAUCUUUUACAGUGUUGGAGCCUGGGGGGCGUGAACGGCGGAUGCAGCGGGCGCAGAUAGGGGGGGUCGGAACCAGGCAUACAGUAAAAAGAGAGAGAGAUGUGCAAGAGUCUGCCAAUAAAAAUCGAUCUCUUCUGCUCUAAUUCACACACUAGCUCAGGUCGAUAUAGCCUGCCUCUCUCCCCCCCGCUGCUCUCGUUCUCUCUAUCUCUCUCCACCACAUACACGUACGCUCGCGGCAGCCGCCAGCUUGUAUGCGUCCCUCCUCGCGCCAGAGAGUGGCCGCCUGGCUGCUCGCGCUGCCGUUGGGGAGCGGUGGAGAGGAAUGCGCGCGCCGCGGCCGACUGGAGAUGAUCUCGUUUUGGCUGCUGUGCUGGAAGCUGUUGAGAGCUACAACUGGGCUAAGGAGGGCAACACCUGAGCUAACAGACGCUAACCACGACAACGGUAGCUCCAGCAGCAAUAACCCCGUCUGCCCUCCCUCUCCCCCACCGCUAGUCAGUCCAGUUACCAUGGAGAUGAGCUCAUCAGCACCGCUAAGAGACAUGGAAAGAGAGAGCCUUUUUAGCUGCCACAACCAGGAAGAGGACCAACUAUGUUUUCCUGGGGUCCAUAGGGUGGAAGACGAGGCUGUAGGAGGAGAAAAUAGGAAAGGAGAUGAGUGUGACUAUCUCAUUUUUGAGAUGGGAGAUGAGAAAGGAAGAGACGUCAGUGAAAGUGAAGGAGGAGAGGAUGAAGGGAGAGGGGAAAUAGAGGGAGAAAUCGAAAGAAGAGAAAUAGAGACAGAGGAUGAAGACAGAGGGAGAAUCAAGGGAGAAGAUGGAAACGAAAAAGAAACAGAGAGUGAUAGCUGGGAAAGAAGAGAGAUAGAGGGAGACGAUGAAACCAGAGAGAAUACAGAGGGUAGGGAGGUGGGGGGUGGAGAAGAGGGAGAAGAUCCAGGAACGAAAGACACAAAAGAAGAGGAUAGCUGGAUCAGAGGAAUAGAGGAAGAGGCAAAAGAAGAUGUCCUUUCAGAUCUCCUCUUCCCCUCAGACAGUCUGCUGUAUCCUUCACCAUCUGAGCCACUAGGCGCCACCUCACAUCCUCUGGAGGCCGUGUCACAAGAAGUUUGGGGUCCCGACUUCACCAUCAGGGAUGACCUCAGUGACAGCCACCUCAGUGACUGCCUCCAAGCAGAGCGUGUCAUCGUGUACUCAGACAGCGAUGCAGGUGAGGACCAGUGGUCAGCUUUUGCCCCCUCUGACAUCACCAGCCAGAUCGAAGAGGAAAGGAAGAAAGAUGCAAGAUCUGAAGAAGAGGAGAAGGUCAAAAGAGAGGAAGAAGACAAUGAAGUCAAAGCAGAUGCAAAAAAUCAAGAGCAGAAGAGAGAGGUGGAGGUGGGGGAGUACAGGGUGGGAAGAAAGGAUGAUGAUGAAGACCAGAUGAGGUUGAGGAGAGAUCUUUUCCUACGGUCUCCUUCAGUCAGCUCCACAGCGAGCUCCACAGACCCCGAGAAGAAGGUCCCUGUAGAUUUCUGCGUGCAUGAAGAGACCCAAAGUGAAAACGUCUCUACUGAGCAUGUGGACUUUCUUUUGGCCCGUCAGCAGUGGAAGAAGAUGGAGGAAGAGGUCAAAGGUCAGCCUAUCCCAAAACCGGGACUGAGAGCUCAGGGGAGCUUCCAGGGCACCCACUCGUCACUGUAUCCCCCCACUCGCAGUCCCCGGCUCAAACACAGGGAAAUUCAAAUCCCCAUGCCCAGGGAACCUCCUCUGUCCUCCACCCUGUCCCCUAGCUCAGAGGACUCAGGUCUGGAUGAUUCGUCAUACCGCAGCACCCUGGAGGAGCCUGAGACUGCAGUGGAGAGAGAGAUCCGAUUGACUCUAGAGAGAGAGGAACGACACCGCAGGGAGAGGGGGAUGAUUGCACAUGGCCUCCCAAUACCCAGGCCAUCCAGCUUGCAGACAGGACGAUCUCCACCCAGACCUCCAGCCUGCCGCACCCCGACACUCUCCAUCUCCCCAACUCCUUCCUGUUCCUCGUCCCUUCCCCGAUCUGUCUACCAUGAAAUGACAGCUAACAAUGUCAUCAUCCUGGAGCCUGAUUCCUCUAGCCCCGCCUCCAGGAAUCGUUUGCUCUCUUCUGCAAUCGGCGGCCUUUCCGAUUGGCCAGCAAAUUCAGAUGCAGUGCCUUCCGCUAAUGUCAUUGUUGUGGAAACCUCCAAUCUGAUCAUUCGCAGUGCGUCUGAGUUCUGCCUAAGCUCCACCCCACUGUCCGUGGAACCGCAGGAGAGCACCUUCACGUCAAAUCCUUUUUUCAAGCUGCGCUCACUCAGCAGCCAGUCACUGGUGGAGCAAGAGAUUAGGAUGGUGAGGCAGAGGGAGGAGGAGUGGAAAAGGCAGAGGGAGGAGAUGUGGAGGAGGAAAAGAGAGGAGGAGUGGAAGAGAGGGAGAGAGCGGUACGAUACUGUUUUGGUGUCUCCGGGUCUGAGUGAUAAUGUUACGUACAACGUGUCAGUGGUUCCAGACAGAAGCGUCUCCUCCCCGUCAUCCCCCUCCAGGACCCGCAAAAUAGAGCGAUCCAGUUUGUCUUGUGACCACAAGUUGGAUUGAUCGCACCUUUCAUUCACCAGUUCACAAUUUAGCAAAUAUAUUCAUUAUUUACCUCAUUUCAUCGAACCAUUACACCUGCAUCACUUUAUCCAGCAUUUCUGUUACAUCUUCUCUUCAUUUUCCUUUCUCUCUAAUGUCCAUCCAUCCAUCCUCCAUCCACCAUCCAUCAUCCAUCCAUCCAUCCAUCCAUCCAUCCAUCCAUCCAUCCAUCCUCCAUCCACCAUCCAUCCAUCCAUCCAUCCAUCCAUCCAUCCAUCCAUCCAUCCAUCCUCCAUCCACCAUCCAUCCAUCCAUCCAUCCUCCAUCCAUCCAUCCAUCCUCCAUCCACCAUCCAUCCAUCCAUCCAUCCAUCCAUCCACCAUCCAUCCAUCCAUCCAUCCAUCCAUCCAUCCAUCCAUCCAUCCUCCAUCCUCCAUCCACCAUCCAUUCAUCCAUCAUCCAUCCAUCUUUGCUCCAGUGGUUCAGCUGAGUCUUCCCCUCCCUCCAGUUCCCUCCUUCCCUCUCUUCAGUGCCUCGACAACAAAAUGCCAUGGCACAACGAUGGGAGGCCUCCCUACUAGCCAAUCAGAAGAAGAAGUAAGCAACGGUACUGCUCAGCUGUCAGACAUUUUAAAAGCCAAAAUGAAGUCCCCUGCCUGUUUCUUCCUUAGUUUUGCUCUCAGUCAGUCCCGUGUAUCAGCAGCCAAUGUGUUUUACAACAUUUGUCAGAGCUAUGGGUUAUAGCUCAAAUGUGGGUUUUUCACCUGGACACCACAGAAGAAGAGAACUGUUUCUCGGUUUCAAUGAUUUCAGUAAUUUACCUGAGCUGGUUUUCUCACAGUGUCUCAGUGGCUUUAAAAGUCAGACUAUCUAAAAGAGUCCGACACAUUGGACCUGCCUGUAACGUCAUUUUUCCUUUAUAUAAUAAUUCCUGUGGACAGAUUCCCUAAAGCUUAAUUAAUCUGCAGUCAUGAUAAUCCCACUGGUUGUAACAUGUGACAUUUAAUGUGAAUUUUCACAUUUUAGCAUUUGUGAUUUUCCCCUUGAUAUAUAAUAUUUACAGCACUUUGAUAACUAGAUAUGGCUGAGCUAAGGCACUAGUAGAACUAUUUAUUGACAUCUGUUUUAUGUGAAUGACUGACUCGAAUGCAGUGAUUUUCAAUUUUACUUCUUGGCAGUCACAUGCUCGAUUUUAAUGACUUUAUAUGUGGAAAAUAUUGUAGCUAUGCAUUGCAGAGAUGCAGACAAGAUGUUGCAUGUUGUUUUCUUCACAAUAACAGUUCAUGUAUUUUAAAGGUGCCACGCCAAACUUUGAAAAUCACUGCCUUAAUGAAGUGUUACAAUGAGCCAUUGAUCCAAACAGUUUGGAUGUCCCAGGUUUCCUAAAGAGCUACGGUGGCUUUCGCUUCUUUGAUGAAGGUCAGUUGUUGGCACAGGUUCUGAUCAGUGUGUUAAAUAUACACUCUACCUUCCUUUAGUCCCUUAUUGGCACACAUGUGUCAUUUUUGAGGAAAGCUGUUAGUGUUUUAAACAGUUUAGGUAGCUUCUGUUAAGUGGCUGCAUGAUCUCGAUGAGAGCAGCUCAUAAAGGGAAACUUGCCCUUGCAUGAUGGAUCCUCCCCCUUUAGUUUUUAACUUUAACAUUAAUAGUUUGCCUUUGGCAUCCACACUGUAUUGUUUUCAUCCUCUCAGUAGUUGGCCUACAGCCUUUUUACUUUUUACUUUAGGAACCAAAAGAAAAUCUGUAAUUUCUGCUCUGCAACCUGUGUUGUUGUGUGUGCCACAGGCUUUUUUCCAUCAUGAGCCUAGCUAUCCCCCGAGAGUCCAAGCUAUAAGGACGGAGUCUACUCUUAUCUAGACUGUAGAUAAGUUAAUUAGUUUAGGUUAACUUCACACCAUCAUACAAAAAAUGGACAUCAUAGAGCCGGUGUUUCAUCCUGAAGUAAAACAAAUAAGGAACAAAGAUGUAUCUCAGGAAAAAGGAUUACUGUGUAAUGGAACUGAAGAGAAGUGAAAAAGUUAGAAGAGGACAAUAGUUAUUCGAAUAUGUUGCCAGAUAGCUUGUAGCUAAUGCCUCACCAACAACUUCCAUCUAUAAAAUGGAUGAAAGAUCUCAAGCUGAAACAAACGUUUGCACGGCCGUGUCCCCGUGCUGUUUGAGCUUUAUAAUCAUCCCCAGACAAACACGCUUAUCUUGGAGUGACACAACCUGGCCAAACUGUGUAUGGCUCCACAGUUAUGGAGGCGAGGGCUCGUCACAGCUCUGACCACAAGAUCUAGUCAAUAUUUUUACAGAUUUUUAUCGCCUGUCUUGAUUCUUACAAAGAGAGAUUUAUCGUAUUGUAUUUUUGCUGCAUAUAUUUAUGAACUGAGCAGUGCUUAUAAAUUCUUAAAACUUUUAUUUGUAAAAGGUUUAUAACAUAUUGUGAUGGUAAGAUUAUUGAAAACGUGAAGUCUUUCCAUGUUUUUUAGAAGCUGAUUUUUCCGUGUGGUGUGUGCGUAUGUGCACGAGUGCAUACCAAUCCAUCCUCCUCACACAUGAGACUUACACAUGAGUGGCUCUGGCUUCUGCAGUAUGACUCCAGAGUACGUCCACUGGUUUGGAUAAAAGGUGCGUUCAAGUCAGCUCAGAAUGCAGGAUUUUUCUGUCACGGGGGAACAACACCAGACAGGAAUGCAGCAGAUUGUUUGGGAUCACCUUAUUUUAACUGUGCCACACUGCAGUGUAUUACUGAAUAAACUAUAUUACAGUAUCUCAAACUACCUAGCUAACUGCAUUAGACCUGUGAGUCACUGUGCAACCUGAAGCUAGAUCCACAGCUCAGUAGAUUAUAGUAGUUUGGCUUACCUUUUCUUUACCUUCUGCCCUACCUUCCUAAUAUUUAAAUCCUACAUUUACAACUUUUUAUGACAAUGUUAAAGUAAUACUACUUUUCAAGUGCUGAAGGUGUUGUUAGAUACUAUAAUUAGCUUUGUAUCCACACUAGGUGUUAUAGUUUCAACUUGAAAUUGAAGGCGAAGCUUUAAGUACCUUAAAGAGAAAGAUUGCUAAUAGAAGGCUGCAAAAAACUUUCCCACUGAGUAUUUUUCACCAGCCACUCUGAUCAGUAUGCUGGUGGUCAUUUUUUAAAUAAGACAGAGGUCCAUUUUUAGGUGCUUGAUUGACAUGCUCCGUCUUGUGUGAUUAACACACUGGCCAGUUACUAAUAAACAUAAGGAACUAUGUUGUUCAGAUUUUUCACUCAGUAAAUAUUUUCCUUUAAAUCCAUGUAGCAAUAUUAGUGCUCAAAUGUUAACAGUGCAUUUGGCUCUUUUGGCCAGUCUAAUGCUGAUGUAUCUCCUCCAAUCAGCUUCCAGCUGUUAACCGCCUACUCCACCGCACUGCACAUAUUCUGGCAAUGUUAACCUCAACCUGAAAAGAUGGUGUUGACCACAAAACCAUCACUGGCUUCAGUUUAGCUAUAAUAUAACAAUAAUGGCCAUAGUGAACAGCAUCAGCUUUUAUGCCCAUCUUUAUAUACAGUCUUUAUUAGGGAUGGGUACCGGUGUCCGGUGCCAUGAUGGCACCGGUUCUGACAUAAACGGUAGUAACCAGACCGAAAAGCAGCGCACAUUUCGGUGCUUUAUUUCGGUGCUUUUUUUUCCUGAGCUGUGAUGACUUUAGAUUUUAGCCAAUCAUUUUACGUUUCCGAGGAUAGUAGGCGGGGCCAGGCACGUACGUUCUUUUAGAGCAGAGCUACAGAUCAAAAAUAUCCAAGGCAAAGCGGUCAAAGUCUGGCUGUACUUCACAGGAAAAUAUGCAAACUCAGCAGCCUGCAACAAGUGCUUUAAGCUGAUACUGUGAUACUGUGCAAAGGAGGUAACAUCUCGAAUCUGAUGAAACACCUGGCGACGCAUAGCGUUUUUUUAAAAGCCGAGAAAUGCGCCGUAUUUGAUAACUUGCUGCGAGACCUCACACCGAGCACAUCUACUGCGGGUGUGGUGCCUGUUAUCGGACCCGGAGUUAGCAACAUCCCCCAAAAACCCGAAGAGUAGAGUCCUGGCCCCUAGCCCUGCCAGUGUAGCAGAAAUGAUGACGGAUGAUGAUGGCAGCAGCAGCUGUUCUUCUCUGCGUGAGUAGCUUAAUGUUGUUCAUGUGUAAUUCACGUUGAGUAGGCUAACCACGUUAUUACAUUAAUGCAUGUAAGGUGAACUAGCAAACACCGUCGUAGUUACAUGCAGCUGUCUUCUUGUUUGAUGGCAGAUACUCCCUUCACCCUGGCCAAAAAGGUUAAAAUGACCAAAGAAAAAGUGGAAAACAGCUGAACAUGAGAGGUUUUUGGACAAAGUUUGUGUUUUUUCCAUUGAUUAAGCACUGCUUCCAGCCAAGAGUGAUACCAUGUAUGCCCCAUAGCUGCAGAAAAGGCUAACAUUGUUAUCUUUUUACAAAAAAAACAGCUGAACAUGAGAGGUUUUUGGACAAAGUUUGUGUUUUUUCCAUUGAUUAAGCACUGCUUCCAGCCAAGAGUGAUACCAUGUAUGCCCCAUAGCUGCAGAAAAGGCUAACAUUGUUAUAUUUUUACAAAAAAAACAGCUGAACAUGAGAGGUUUUUGGACAAAGUUUGUGUUCUCCAUUCUUUAAGCACCGGUUUGAGCACCGUUUAAGCACCGGCACCGUUUCAAAAGUACCGGUUUGGCACCGGUAUCGGAUAAAACCUAAACGAUACCCAUCCCUAGUCUUUAUACACACCCUUGUGGAACAGCUAAAAGCUGGAAAAGCUUUUGACUGGAAAGCUGGAAUUUUGGAAUGAAUGUAGACGACUUCAAUCCAAAGAUAAUACUGACUGGCGUCUGACCCCUGACCCUGGAUACACUGUCAGUGACUCGUGGAACUAAAGCUGUAGCAAUCAUGCUACAAAGAAAAUAGUCCUAAUUUAAUAAACCUGUCACAACUAUUCACAUUCCUCCCCAAAACAUUCAGUUUGCCUUACUCCAAAAUAUACGGUUAAGGUAGGUCUACCACCUACGAUGGCUCAGACCUCGUUAGAUUACCAGGAUAAUUAAUACAUAAGUGUUGUCCAUCUAAAGACUUUUGUUGGAGAUUUAGUUCAAUUUUAUUUAUACAGCAUCAAAACCACAACACUGUAAGGCAGACCCUACAGUAAUAAUGUUGGAUUAUUCACACAUAUAUCAGUUAUUACUGCUAGAAAUGGCCUUUUGCUGACCACAUAUUGGAAACUGAAAUACAGAAAACAAAUGCAACUAAAAAUUCAACUCAAAGUGCAAAAUGUACACCCUCACCCCCCGAUCAGAGGUCACAGAGGUCACAGACUGCACUUAGAUGCUGUGUUAAUGUACGCUUUGGAAAGUCUGAAUAUACUUAAAUCUCUGUGUUAUGAAUUCUGAGAUGUGUUGAAUGCACUCUGUGAGAACAGGAUGAAGGGUCAGCAUGUUUCUGUGUUGCUGUGAUACUGUAUUAUAACCUGGAUUACACUGUACUGUACACUCAGUGAUCAGCCUGUAAUUUGAGUCCACAUCCACACCUGGCUGCAGUUUUACUUUAAGUUUUGUUGUUUUUGCAUUUAAUUUUGUUUAGUUUUGGAAAUAAAUUGAAUUUAGAUUUCAGAUGUACUUCUCAGCUGGUGCAAAGGGAACCGGGUCCGAUCUUCAGUGUGGAUUCACAGAUGUUUUCCUCAUACGUGUUAUUUAUGUGUAUUAGUUUGUUUGCAUCCACAUUCACUCAUUUAUUAUUGCCAAAUAAAGGUGUGGUGAUCUUAAAUAAAGCAUAACUCCUGA